AUGGGCAGCUCGGCCUUCAUCCUGCGGCACGUGAACCGCCGCGUUGCGGCCGCCGAGGCAGAGGUGCAGCGCCGCGCACUCCUCUCCGUCGCGCGCAACACGACUCUUCCCUCUCACGUCCGGCAUAAGGCGCAGCUCGCGCUGUCGCAGCACAACGGCGGCACCGUGAACGGGCGCAUGAACGCCGUCAAGAACCUCUGCAACGAGACGGGGCGCGCCCGCGGUGUGCUCUCCAAGUACGGGCUGUGCCGGUUCCAGUUCCGCCUCAAGGCGACCCGCGGCGAGCUCGCCGGCGUCCACAGCGCCUCGUGGUAA